UCACUCAGGUCGUCAUAGCAACCCUGUAUGCAACUGCCGUGACGUCAGCUUCAACGCGACACCUUGGACGCACAUUGGAACAAUGCAAUGGAGGAUAUAGAAGGGAUAGUAUUCUUGAUUCUUGGAAUGUGGCUGUUUAUCACAGCAAGGAGACGAAUGUUGUUUCAACAAAGGCUUAAGGCAGAAAGACACAAGACCGAUGAAAAACAUAGGAGAGUGUGGAAAAUCAUUCAUCAGACUCGAAGCAUAGGAAGGAGACGCAUGAUCAGGAUAUUUCAGUGUUUGCAAAGUCGCCGCCGCAGACCGUCUGUUUGGGCGUUCAACCGAGCUACCGAGUGGUGGGAUGUGAUUGUUCCCGGCUUCACCAACACUCAGUGGGUGCAGAACUUCCGAAUGUCCGAAGAGACAUUUAUCUACCUGUGCAACAAAGUGCGUCCAGUGAUGGAGAAACAAAACACAAACUUCCGCAGGUGUGUACCUCUAAAGAAGAGAUUGGCCAUCGCCCUAUGGAAGCUUGCGACCGGUUCCGAGUACAGAAGUGUUGGACAUCUUUUCGGAGUAAGCAUAACAACUGUGUGCCGGUGUGUGCAAGAGUUCAGCGUUGCUGCAGAGGCGUUGUUGGUACCGGAACAAAUUUGUUUCCCAGACCAGGAGAAGUUCAAAGAAAUGGCUGCCUACACUGAGAACAGGUGGGGGAUCCCGCAAUGUGUCGGAGCAAUUGAUGGAUUACACAUACCCAUUUUGGCACCACAAGAGGACCACUGUGGCUAUUUCAACCAUAAAGGCUGGCACUCCAUCAUCCUUCAAGGUGUUGUAGAUGGGAAGGGACUUUUCUGGAACGUGUUUGCAGGACUGCCUGGGAGCUUGUGUGAUGCUCGGGUUUUGAGACUGUCCACAUUGUGGGAGUUGGCCAGCCGCGGUAAACACUUUCCAGCUUACACCAGGAACAUUGGUGGGGUGAACACUGGAUACUACAUUCUAGGACACUCUGCCUAUCCCUUACAGAAUUGGCUCUUAAAACCAUUUCCUGACACUGGUCAGCUGACUGUAGAACAGAAGAUCUACAACAGGAAAAUCUGCAGCGCACGGGGAGUGGUUGAAAAUGCUUUUGGUAGACUAAAGGGAAGGUGGCAUUGCCUCAUGAAAAGAAAUGACUGUGAUGUCAAACUGGUGAAAUCUAUGGUUUUGACUUGCUGUGCUCUGCAUAACCUUUGCGAGAGUCAUGGAGAAGCUUAUGACAAUGAGUGGGAUGCACCUGCACCAGCAGAGCCUGUGGUGGCACUGUCACUGAGUGUGGAGGAGGAAGGUAGGGAUGUACAAGAGGGUCUGAUGCACUACUUGAAUAGCUAAAUAUUAUUUUUAUGUGUCCUGUGUAUUGAACACAUUGUAAAUUGUAUGAAACUUUAAUAUUCUUUUGUACUCUUUCCACGUAUAAAUGUUACCCUUUUGUUUUUGUCCAACUGUUUUUUUGAUUUACAAUUUGGUCAAUAAAAAAUACUAAAGACCUUGAAAAAGGAAAGCACGAUGAAAAUGUAUGUGUAACAAGUUACAAAUCAGUUGAUUUAACAAAACAUUUGGACACAAAAGGGCAAACCGUAAUCCAGAAGUGUAUGGCACACUUUCAGGAUAAGAACUUGAAACCACACUAAAUAGGUGGCCUACUCUCUACUCUACUCUUCAGCUUUAAGUAGGGUUGCUUUUUAAAAUUGGCGGGAUUUUGCAGGAGGUCCCUCGAUGUUAAAAUGAAAUGUAUUGGUAUAGCCUGUAUAUUUUUGACAAGACAAUCCGAAGAGUUUGGUGAUGGGCUAAUCAAUCAAGAUGUAUUGUGUCUAUGGUUAGCUGGGUCAGCAGGGAGCUGAAGAAGAGCGGCUACUGACGUGACUCUGCUGCGCCACUCAGAUUCUUUUUUCGUUUUCGAAUUAUGGGGUCAGUACUUUUCGUGCAGAACACGAACGAAAAAGCAAUGUUCGCUCUGUUUUCCUUUUGAUUAUGGCAUAACAUGUGCAGUCUUGAAGAAGAAAAUGCAAAUAGAACAAUUGAUAUUUUGACUGUUGGUCCAGGCAUAUUGUGGCAGAACAGGGCACCACUGUGACAUAAUGGGGGACGUAUCGCCAACAUUCACUGCAAUGUAGGCUUGUGCACUUUCGUUCGCCACUAUGGCCACAAGAUGGGGCUAAACACAGAUUGGUUGGGUCAGUGCCAUUCAUCUGUCGACAUUUACUUUCACUUUUUAUCUACAAUGCUUUCAAGAUAAACUCUGCUAGCUGCAUUUCAUAUCAGAAUCUUGUCAGAAGAUCAAAUGCUAUUUUGAUCUGUUUGAAAUGUGUUUUCAAACCUUAAACCAGAAGUGUACGGCAUACCUUCUGGAUAAGAUCUUCAAACCACACUCAUAGGCGGCCUUCUAUAGACACAGCAAUGCAAUGGUUACUUAAGGAGAGGCAGGAAACCACAUGUUUCACAUGAGUCAGAGUUGUGUUUCCCCCUGUCUUUACCUGUCAGUUUCAGAAACACCUCCAGUUUGUGUCAGUCUUCUUACUUGCCACACUCCAACACUCCCUAAAGGCACAGCCCACAAAACAAUCCUGUGAUAGUAAGAUUCCAAACAGGAAGUUAUUACCUCAUCCAUAGACCAAUACUGCUCAAUAUUGGCUUUUUGUGUAAGCCAGUUCUAAAUAAUUAAACAUCACAUGAUGUGAUAGUAACUUCUUCUUAGUUAGUAUUUGAUGUCCACUCUCAAAUUUCUUCUCAGGUUGAAAUUAUUUGCUUUCCCUUCACUGACAAGGUUUCACAUCCUGAAAUGUUGUUUUGAGUCUCACUGAGAAUAAUAACUUUCCCCAGAAACUGGGGAAAAAACGAAUGUAUUACUUUAAUCUAAAAGCACUUUAGGUUUUUGUUGGAAAGUUGAAGUUGGUUCAAUAAAUAUGAAGUGAGUAUAAACAUAACUGACUUGAACAAGAGAUGAAAUUCUGGUGGUGAACAGUUUCCAAAUAUGUGACUCUGACUCUUCAGAUCUGACCAAGGAUCCAAAAGAUCUUAAAGUUUAGUCCUGCUCUGUGGUAAAGUCUACCACUCAUCUUUGUCAUGAGCCAUCAUCCCUGUGGCCACCUGAUGUGGUUUGACUGUGUGAUGUAGGACACCAAGCAUAUGAUUCAGUGCCCGAUUCCAUUGACGUGGAAAUACACACGUAUGCAUGUGCGUAUACUGUGAAGCACGGAGACAGACUCGCGAGAGAGAAUUUAAGCUGAAGAGGUUUUAGUAGCACCUUUUGGUACAAAACAAAAACAGUAGUAAGGAAAACAGAGUUAUGUCGGAAUGUCUCUUCUUCUUCUUCAAGGGUCUUUGCCUCUGGCCCUCCUGGCUCAUUCGUUUGGUCUCUUCUCUCCUUACAGGGAGUCAGUGUAGCAUAAAAACACAUCAACCAACAUAUCACCUCUUUUUGUUCCCUUUUGUACUCACAAGGAGUGGGGUAGAUGAGCAACAAGUGUGCCUCGUUGAGGCUUUGCUUCGGUAACGAGGCCAACGGGCUGCCAGGCCCAUGGCUGACAAGGCCCCUGGUCACAAUAUGUGUGCAUAUGCACACAUACGCACACAAUGUUGCUAAAAGAUAUUAAUGAUAUAUCUUUAUGAGCUGGGAGGGAAUGAUGUGUGAUGGAGGACAAUGGAGAGAAAACAACUGUGGGAGUGGGUUACAAUAAGCUCUACACUUCUGAUAUAAGGGGGUGUUUUCCUUGGAAAUAACAUUGCUCCCUCCUACUCUUUAUUGAGUUGUAAAACCCCUAGGCACAGGUCUAGGUACAGUAGAAAGUUGAGGAACAAAAAUGUUACUACAAAGUCCCCCAUCUCACUUUUCAUUGAAGGAGAUGGAAAAUGACCACACGAUUGGGUAGGCUUCUUUUGCGAUUGAGUUCAUGAAAUGACUUACCACUUCAUCCCAUUCAAAACAGGAGAGCGGGACUGGUAAAACUGUAACUCUGUAACCAAAUCUAAAUGAUGAAAGGUCUAUUUCUCAUUCCUCACAGGAACCAGAAAGGUAAAUGCAGACCAAAUAGAGAGUAGCCAACUUCUGCUCACUAAAGGUUUUGUUCUAUACAAUUCUUUAUUUUGCUUAUUCUUUUCUCACUACUCCAUCCUUUAUCAGGUUUUUUAUUCCUCUUAAAAGGGUUAAAAAUAUAUGGUUUUUCCUCUUUCCAUUCUGUGAGUAAAACAGCUUUUAAAUGAUUGCAUUUACACAUUUUGCAUCGGCCCAAAAAUGCAGAAAUUCAGUUCAGUCAAGACAAUCACAUGUUAGAUCUGAGCAUUUUGUUACAUGACAUGGACAUGUAGGUUUGA